AUGGCGGACGUCGUGGAGACGGAGGCAGCCGCAACGACCGCGAGGGACGACGCCACGGAGCGCAAGAAGGCGCUGCUGGUGUUCAAGAGCAACCUCCAGUCGGCGUCGGAUGACGACGAAGACGCGUCGGACGAAGAGGACGACGACGUGGCGCUCGGUCACUGCCGUGCAGAGGCGACUCGCGAAGGAGAGCGAGCGGUCGCAGUCGAUGAUGAGGAAGAAGAGGAAGACGACGACGACGACGAAGACGACGAAGAGGACGACGACGAAGAGGCGCUGAACGGCCGAUCGGAAGACGACGAGCUGGACAGCAGCAGAGCUGCGACGACUUUGAAACGCUUCGGGUCGGACGAGCUCAGCGACGAGCGGGCCAAGGGCACGGCGUUCGCGGCCGUCCGAUCUCUGGGGGUGAACGCCACGAGCAGCCAGCAGAACGCGCGUGCUGCACCCAGUGAGACGGACGCGACGUCGGAAGCAGCAGCUGGGGCCCGCGUGCUAUCGUCCAGUCUACGCAACACGAGUCUUGACAACGUGGACAAUGCGACGACACUCGCGCUCAAGUCGGGCACGUCCAACGUUGGCGCGAUCAUUGCAGCACGACGUCGCACGACGGCGCGCAAAGAGUGCGAAGUGUGCCACGAGCCACGCAAUGGACGACGUGCACUGCUCUGUGUCCAGUGCAAGUGCAUGUACCACACGAGCUGCUUUCGUCAGCAGUUUUCGAAAACAGUCCAGGGAUCGAACCGUCAGUGGCGAUGUCCGGACUGCGAACCGACUUCAGCAAGCGAUCCGACAGAAGAUCCGCUUGCUACUGGACAACAGAAACAAGAGCACGUUGACCCGUCUGUCUCGAAAAAUCGUGGAAGUCGCGUUGUGAAGUCAUAUGUCGUGACAAACCGAAGCAAAAUGGACAACGAUGGCAAAGCUGGACAACUAGAAGGCUCACUAGGGGCUGCAACAGACACUGAGGUACAGCGCUUGACUGACCUGGCCUUGCGUGGCGGCAAAAACAUGAAUGCCACAAUUCUGGAGCAAACAGGAGAAAUGCUCCACAUCACGCAAGCUUUGACAAAGGAGAUCGACACGAUCAUGGGUUCUGCUUGGCUUGAGCGCCCGGGUGGUACUGUCACGCGUCAAUCAGUAUCCGGGCAGCCACAAGCGCAAGAACUGCCUCCGCCUCCGUUCCUAUUGGUUCCUGCAUCGUCUUCUUCGCAGACGUGUUCUGCCGAUGCUACUCACGUUUCUGUAAGCGGGAACAACACACGCGCAGGCGGUAGCAACGGUCACAACAGUGAUGCGUGGAAUGAUACGGCGUCAUCAAAUGUCUCUGAGAAGGACGUCCUGUUGCGUCGCGUGCAUAACGGGUUGAACUCAUUGAAGCAGCUACUGGAACAGCUACAAGUCACCGGCAUCCAGUUUGAGGUUGACUUGAUCCGGAAAGUAAGGGCCAUACCCAACCAAGACCGCAAGGUGGCAUUACACAACGGGGCUAAAAGCUCGUCGGGCACAGCAAGUCGGUUUGCGACAGGGACAAAGGGAAAAAGCGGCGCCAGCCGCUUGUACUCAUCGAAGCAAAUUCAGAAAUUGGAGGAAUGGUACCAGCGCUCGUCUCGGCCAGAAUCGAGUGAAAUACACUCGAUGUAUCGCAUUAUUAAUUGCUCGGAUUACGCGGAUCCGGAAUUGCAGCCGGAAGGCAUCUCAGUGAAACAGAUUCGCAUUUGGUUUGACAAUCGGCGCGCAAAGGAACGUCUCGACUAUAUGCGCCUGAAGAUGAAGGACAUUUCAACUACGGACAUGGACGCGGACAGCGUCAAGAAGAUGAAAGCCGCUUACAUUGACGAGGCCAAAGAAGUGCUUGAGGCACGAGUGUCGCGGAUGCGCGAGAAUGGUCAAGGAUCGGGCCCAGUCGUCGACGCAGCAGAUUUGGCUCUGAUCGAAAACACUACGGACCAGAGCUUGCAUGGUAAAGCGCUCAACGUUGGCUUUCCUGGCACAGGGAAAGGUACUUUGAGUAUGUUAAGUGCAAACAAAGAAGGGAUCGACAGUCUCAGGCUUCCCGGUUCGGCUGGGUCCACCAGCCUGAAGAAGCGUAUACGAAUUGAUUACGUGGCUUCUGUGAGGAAGGCAAUCAAAGACGCGCGUGACGCAGGUAAGAGUGACGAGGAAACGAAAGCGCUGCGCACUGCUGCCAUUGAACGCGCGCGAGAACGGCUGCACGUUCCCUACAAAAAUGCGCGCACGGGGCCGUCGAAGCCGUUAGGCAAAGAAGAAGUCUCACAUAUUAAGAUGAGAAUGCUGCAGUUGUUGGAGGAAGACGCGCCCGCCGAGGAACUCACCGACAUCAUUGAGCUGUUGUUGUCGCUCAUUAUUCCCUACACCGUCCUGGUCGAAUCAGGCAUUCAGCAGCAGCUGGACUUGAUCCUGGUUGCACACAAAGACAACAAGGAGCUUGUGCGGCAGACGAAACGGCUGCAAGAGGAAUUCAACUUUAUUGUGGAUAAUGGCGAUGCACCGAGCGUGGUCGCGGCGAUGGCUGGCGAGACAAGUGCUAGCAAGAAACGAAAGGAGAAGCCGCGGUCACUGUUGUUGAAUAUGGAGACGGAGUCGCUGCCUGGAACCCCCGGGUCUUCGCCGACUUCAGGUCCGACACCUUCGCCAGAGUCGCGACGACCGCGCGUGAAGUUUUCCUUGGCUCAGCUGGUAAAGCUCGAGAAAUACUUUCACAAGGAAGACACACCGAGCAAGAAGAAGCUGGACAAGAUCGCUGCCCGGCUAAACGGGAUUGCGUCUCUGGAUCCGUCCAGUGAUGCCGCUCAGAGGUCGAUCGAUUACAAGCAGAUCCGCUGCUGGUUUUACAAACGUCGCUCGGCAAACCAGCCUCCCCAGGCUUUGAGUGGCGCGGAUUUGCACAUUGACAAUGCCGUCUCGAGCUCGUCUUGUGCAAGCGAUACGGAGUCGGAUGACGACAACAAAUCGGAAAAGGGCUCAGUUGUCAAGCGCACUGCACCAUCAGGAGACGACAAGCGCAGUGUCAAGCGUCUCAAACUCGAGACACCUGUCCAGUCUGCUUCGUUUGGGGCGUCAGCCGCAGAGACGGAGGAAGCGAUGGCGGUCGACAGCGAUGGGGAGUCGGCAGGCGGCGUACACGCAGGGCGGGUCUUCAACAUGAAGCAGCUUGCGACGAUCAUCGAGGAGUACGAAAAGAAUCCGCGGCCAACGGUGGCCCGCCUGGAGGAAGUGCUCAAGGUGUUGAACCGAGUGGACCAUACCGACGAGCAUUCGGCAGACUCUACUGGCGUGACAAAGCAGCAGAUUGCAACGUGGUUCGCAAACCGCCGCGCGAAGGAGCGUCUUGACUUGUUGAAGAUGACGCGGGCAGGUGGUGCUCGAGAGAGUAGUGGCUCGAAUAGUGAUGGCCACGAGCGCGAACAAGAAGAGCCCGGGGCGCGAAGUGCUGGUCCAGUUGGACGAGGCCACGUUGUUGUUGUGGGGGGAGGUGGAGGUGGAGUGCAGCAGACAGUUGACAAGACGGGCGGCAUGAAACCGAUGCAUGAGUAG